AGUCUGUGCUUGUCUUGGCAGAGUCAGCCAGAUAAAAUGAUGCAAUAACGUCCGUGAUUCACGACCUGAAAGGAAGUUCAUGCUGAAUUAAGUUUGUCAGAUGAAUUCCACCAGUUGCAUGUGGCACCUGGUACGGAGAGAUACCUGGGAUGUGGGGAGAGUGGCAUGUGCAAACUUCAGUCUUUAUCUGGCUCCUCUCAGCACAGUCUCAAGCGUCCUUUUCUUUCCCACUACUGGGUAUGCCAAUGCCUUUUGCUCACGCAUCUCCAUCCCUACGCCAGGAGAUGGAGCGCAUGGGGCCUGGGUUCCCAGGCGCCGUGAACUCUGGGAAUGGCGGCAGUUUCAGCUGCCAGACCUUCUCCUUUUCCUCUCGCAUGGGCCCUGACGGCCAGAUGCACACAGAGCAGUUUGCAUCCAGCGCGGUGGGAGACAGAAGCAGAGACAUGCAUGAGGUGCAGCAGGCGUACAGCAACAGCAGCACCGGCGUGGACAAAAUGUCGCUGGAGCGCCAGCUGGAGAGCAGAGCUCGGAAGACGGUCAAAGAGAGGACGCGGGGCACGAUGGAGGAGCGCCAGACGGACAUGUUCCGCGGCAUGGACGAGGCUGACGCUGCCGACUUCGACAGCCAAUGGCAGCAGCGGGCAGCGCCGUCGCUUCCCAGGCAUCAGGGCUUUGCCCGGAUGCUCGGAGACGCCAGAGGGCCCGGUCGGCAAAUGAGUCGAGACUAUGGUCGGCAGCAGGCAUUGCCUUCUGGCUACGACGACACUGGCGCUGGCUACGAAGGCUACGAAGGCUACGAAGGCUACGUAGGCUACGGAGGCUACGGAGGCUACGGAGGCUACGGAGGCUACGGAGGCUACGGAGGCUAUGCUCCACAGCGUACGCCGGGCCGAGUGCAAGGAGGGCCCGCCUCAGCACAGCCGAGGCCAGCGCGGCAGUGGUGAACAGCAGCAGGACCAGGACCAGGCACAGUGAGGCCUAGCCCACCUGACGCAGCUGAGCCUUAGGAUCUUCCAGGUUUAAGACUAGGAUCGCACAGAAGG